ACCAAAUUCCAAUUGAAAUGAAAUCUUUAGGAUAAAUCAAUGCAAUUUAGGAGGAAUCAAUGAAAGGACAUCAAUUCAAAUCCUGGAUUUUCGAAUUGAGAGAAAUAGUGAGAGAGAUCAAGAAUUCUCACUAUUUCUUAGAUUCAUGGACCCAAAUCAAUUCAGUGGGAUCUUUCAUUCAUAUUUUUUUCCACCAAGAACGUUUUAGAAAACUCUUGGACCCUCGAAUUUUUAGUAUCCUACUUUUGCGCAAUUCACAGGGUUCAACAAGCAAUCGAUAUUUCACGAUCAAGGGUGUAGUACUAUUUGUAGUAGCGGCCCUUCUAUAUCGUAUUAACAAUCGAAAUAUGGUCGAAAGCAAAAAUCUCUAUUUGAAAGGGCUUCUUCCUAUACCUAUGAAUUCCAUUGGACCCAGAAAUGAUACAUCGGAAGAAUCUUUUGGGUCUUCCAAUAUCAAUAGGUUGAUUGUUUCGCUCCUGUAUUUUACAAAAGGAAAAAAGAUCUCUGAGAGCUGUUUCCGGGAUCCGAAAGAGAGUACUCGGGUUCUCCCAAUAACUAAAAAGUGUAUCAUGCCUGAAUCUAACUGGAGUUCGCGGUGGUGGAGGAACUGGAUCGGAAAAAAGAGGGAUUUUUGUUGUAAGAUAUCUAAUGAAACCGUCGCUGGAAUUGAUAUCUCAUUUAAAGAGAAAGAUAUCAAAUAUCUGGAGUUUCUUUUUGUAUAUUAUAUGGAUGAUCCGAUCCGCAAGGGCCAUGAUUGGGAAUUGUUUGAUCGUCUUUCUCCGAAUAAGAGGCGAAACAUAAUCAACUUGAAUUCGGGACAGCUAUUCGAAAUCUUAGUGAAAGACUGGAUUUGUUAUCUCAUGUUUGCUUUUCGUGAAAAAAUACCAAUUGAAGUGGAGGGUUUCUUCAAACAACAAGGAGCUGGGUCAACUAUUCAAUCAAAUGAUAUUGAGCAUGUUUCCCAUCUCUUCUCGAGAAACAAGCGGGCUAUUUCUUUGCAAAAUUGUGCUCAAUUUCAUAUGUGGCAAUUCCACCAAGAUCUCUUCGUUAGUUGGGGGAAGAAUCCGCACGAAUCGGAUUUUUUGAGGAAAAUAUCGAGAGAGAAUUGGAUUUGGUUAGACAAUGUGUGGUUGGUAAACAAGGAUAGAUUUUUUAGCAAGGUACGAAAUGUAUCGUCAAAUAUUCAAUAUGAUUCUACAAGAUCUAGUUUCGUUCAAGUAACGGAUUCUAGCCAAUUGAACGGAUCUUCUGAUCAAUUCAUAGAUCCUUUCGAUUCCAUUAGUAAUGAGGAUUCGGAAUAUCACUAUCACACAUUGAUCAAUCAAAGAGAGAUUCAACAACUAAAAGAAAGAUCGAUUCUUUGGGAUCCUUCCUUUAUUCAAACGGAAGGAAGAGAGAUAGAAUCAGACCGAUUCCCUAAAUACCUUUCUGGAUAUUCCUCAAUGCCCCGGCUAUUCACGGAACGUGAAAAGCGAAUGAAUAAUCAUCUGCUUCCGGAAGAAAGCGAAGAAUUUUUUUGGAAUUCUACAAGAGCCAUUCGUUCUUUUUUCUCUGACAGAUGGUCAGAACUUCAUCUGGGUUCGAAUCCUACUGAGAGGUCCACUAGGGAUCAGAAAUUGUUGAAGAAAGAACAAGAUGUUUCUUUUGUCCCUUCCAGGCGAUCGGAAAAUAAAGAAAUAGUUAAUAUAUUCAAGAUAAUUACGUAUUUACAAAAUACCGUCUCAAUUCAUCCUAUUUCAUCAGAUCUGGGAUGUGAUACGGUUCCGAAGGAUGAACUGGAUAUGGACAGUUCCAAUAAGAUUUCAUUCUUGAACAAAAAUCCAUUUUUUUAUUUAUUUCAUCUAUUCCAUGAACGGAAGAGGGGGGGAUACACGUUACGCCACGAUUUUGAGUCAGAAGAGAGAUUUCAAGAAAUGGCAGAUCUAUUCACUCUAUCAAUAACCGAGCCGGAUCUGGUGUAUCAUAAGGGAUUUGCCUUUUCUAUUGAUUCCUACGGAUUGGAUCAAAGACAAUUCUUGAAGGAGGUUUUCAACUCCAGGGAUGAAUUGAAAAAGAAAUCUUUAUUGGUUCUACCUCCUAUUUUUUAUGAAGAAAAUGAAUCUUUUUAUCGAAGGAUCAGAAAAAAUUGGGUCCGGAUCUCCUGCGGGAAUUUUUUUGAAGAUCCAAAACCAAAAAGAGUGGUAUUUGCUAGCAACAACAUAAUGGAGGCAGUCAAUCAAUAUAGAUUGAUCCGAAAUCUGAUUCAAAUCCAAUUCCAAUAUAGUCCCUAUGGGUACAUAAGAAAUGUAUUGAAUCGAUUCUUUUUAAUGAAGAGACCUGAUCGCAACUUCGAAUAUGGAAUUCAAAGGGAUCUAAUAGGAAAUGAUACUCUGAAUCAUAGAACUAUAAUGAAAGAUACGAUCAACCAACAUUUAUCGAAUUUGAAAAAGAGUCAGAAGAAAUGGUUCGAUCCUCUUAUUUUUCUUUCUCGAACCGAGAGAUCCAUAAAUCGGGAUCCUAAUGCAUAUAGAUACAAAUGGUCCAAUGGGAGCAAGAAUUUCCAGGAGCAUUUGAAACAUUUCGUUUCUGAGCGGAAGAGCCGUUUUCAAGUAGUGUUCGAUCGAUUAUGUAUUAAUCAAUAUUCGAUUGAUUGGUCUGAGGUUAUUGAUAAAAAAGAUUUGUCUAAGUCACUUCGUUUCUUUUUGUCCAAGUUACUUCGUUUUUUGUCCAAGUUACUUCUCUUUUUGUCUAACUCACUUCCUUUUUUCUUUGUGAGUUUCGAGAAUAUCCCCAUUCAUAGGUCUGAGAUCCACAUCUAUGAAUUGAAAGGUCCGAACGAUCAAC